AUGAUCAAUUACAGAGUAAAGGAUAUAAACAUAAUGUUAGACAGACACCUCGGCACGUGGCAGCCAGACACGGACUGCUGCGGGUGGGACGGCGUCCUCUGCGACCCAGUCUCGGGCCUGGUCACCGCCCUCGACUUAAGCCACCGCGUCAUCGCCGGUAAGCUCACCGCCGGUCUCUUUAAUAUCACCUCCCUUCGAAAGCUCGACCUUGCGUAUAAUGUGUUUGAUGAAAUUCCUAUUCCAAAUGAAAUUGGGUCGCUUUUAAAUUUGACCCAUCUUAAUUUAUCAAAUGCUGGGUUUUCUGGGCAAGUGCCCGUUGGGAUUGUGAAGUUGACGAACUUGGUGUCGCUUGAUUUGUCGACGAUUUCCUUGGUUCAGAGUUCUCUUAGUCUUGUGAAUCCUAAUCUUGGAACUUUGAUUGGGAAUUUGAGUGAGUUGAGAGAGUUGUAUCUUGAUAGUGUAAACAUUUCGGCAAAUGGGCAUCGGUGGGGCGCAGCGGUGGCGAAAUCUACUCCGAAACUGACAGCUUUGAGCUUGACGAGCUGUUCGAUCACUGGGCCUAUUGAUUCUUCACUCUCGAAGUUGAGCAAUUUGUCGGUGGUUCGAUUGGAUCAGAAUGAGUUGAAUUGCAGUGUGCCUGAUUUCUUCGGAAAGUUGUCUUCUUUGAGUGUGGUUAGUCUCAGUUUUUGUGGGCUUACUGGAUUUUUCCCAAAGGAUGUGUUUGUCUUGAAGAACUUGACAAAUAUUGACUUGUCGUAUAAUCUGAUGCUUUCUGGGUCAUUGCCAGAUAUCUUUAGUGACAGUAGGUUGAAUAGUUUGGUGCUAUCCGGGUCGAAUUUUUCUGGGUAUUUGCCGAAUUCUAUAGGGAAGCUGAAAUCUCUGACAAGAAUGGAUCUUUCCGAUUGUGAAUUUUCAGGAGUCAUACCCUUUUCAGUAGGCAACUUAAGCCAAGUGGUUCAUUUGGAUCUAUCGAUGAAUAAUUUCACUGGUCCAAUCCCUUCUCUUCUGCCACCAAGAGUGUCUGAGCUGAUACUUUCACACAAUAGGCUGACUGGUCCUAUCCCUUCAUCUAUCGGAAAGCUUGAGCAUGCAGUGAAGAUUGAUUUUUGUUAUAAUUUUCUCUCUGGGAAAAUCCCCGCAUCUCUAUUUGCUUUCCCAUUGUUACAAGAAGUGCAAUUGAGUAUGAACCAACUUUUGGAUGUUGAAGAAUUAAAAAAUGGAUCAUCUCACUUGGCAACUGUGGAUUUGAGCAAUAAUCUAUUGCAAGGAGAGAUUCCAAGGUCAGUCUUUCAGCUCUCGGGGCUUAAAGUUCUUACCCUCGCAUCGAAUAAUUUUAGUGGGACAGUCGAAGUUGAUUGGUUUACCGCUCUUAGUAACCUCUCGAGUCUGGAUCUAUCAAAUAAUAGGAUUUCGGUAGAGGAUAAGGGUGGUAAUGGUUCUAUCCCCAAAUUUGGCACGUUGAUGUUAGCUACUUGCAAUUUGACCAGGAUUCCAAGUUUCUUAAUGCAUCAAGAUCAGAUGGGCAUCUUAGACCUCUCAAACAAUAAAAUUCAUGGUGCAAUACCCAAUUGGAUAUGGAAUAUUGGGAAGAAUAGUCUGACGUAUUUAAACCUCUCUUUCAACAUGUUCACCUCUGUUGAAGGUCCUCUUCCAAAAGGUCCUCUUCCAAAAUUCAAAAAGAAUACAGCGAUAACUCUUGAUCUCCAUUCGAACUUGCUCAAAGGGCCUAUUCCACUUCCCCCAACAAAUGCCAUCAUUCUUGAUUACUCGAACAACAGCUUCUCGUCUUUUAUUCCACCGGAACUCACCUCCUACCUUAAUUUUACCAUUUUCUUUUCACUUGCUCACAAUAAUGUAACGGGAGAGAUUCCACCAUCAAUUUGUAAUGCAAUCAAUCUCCAAGUCCUUGAUUUCUCUGACAACAAUUUGAAUGAAAUUUGUAACAAUCAUUUGGAAGGGAACGUACCUAAAUUAGUGACCAGAUGCAGUGAGCUCGAGGUUCUUGAUCUUGGAAGCAAUCACAUAAAUGGGUCUUUUCCCUUUUGGCUUGAGAGCAUUGAUUCCCUUCGAGUUCUCAUCCUGAGAUCAAAUGAACUCCAGGGAACUAUUGGUACUCCUCCAGGCUCUAAUUCACAUAACAAACCCUUCUCGAUGCUUCAAAUCUUUGAUAUCUCCUCUAAUUACUUCAGUGGCACUCUUCCAUUAGAUUGCUUCAAGAAUUUGAAGGCAAUGAUGCAUUCUGAUUCAAAUAUCUCGACACUGCAAUUUGAGUACAUCAAGUUGGAUACCUCCUAUCAGAACACGGUUACAGUUAAAAGUAAAGGGCGUGACAUGACGCUAGUAAGGAUAUUGACGAUCUUCACAUCACUCGAUUUCUCGAACAACAGCUUCCAAGGCAAUAUACCAGACAUUAUUGGGGAUUUUGUUUCCCUUCAUGUGCUAGACUUUUCUGACAAUGAACUUACAGGAAAUAUUCCUUCAUCAAUUGGAAAUUUGAUGCAACUUGAGUCAUUGGAUCUCUCGGGGAAUUUUCUCUCUGGUGAGAUUCCUAUGACACUAAGUAAUCUCACUUUCCUCUCGUUCUUGAAUCUUUCGAACAACAACUUGAUCGGCAGAGUUCCUCAAGGAAAUCAGCUCUCUACAUUCACAAAUACUUCUUUUGAAGGGAAUAAAGGUUUAUGUGGUGACCCGUUAUCAAAGCAGUGUGACAAUUCAAGUGCAAAUCGAAACCAUAUAGCUCUUGCACCUGCAUCUAAAGUAAAUUGGUAUUUUGUGUUCAUAGAGUUUGGAUUCGUGGUGGGGUUGGCUAUGGUGAUUGGAAUUAUAAUGUUUUGGAAGAAAUAGGUACAAUAAGAAGGUUGAUGGGCUUCUUGAUCCUGUUCUUGUUUUUGCAUUUUCGCUAGUCUGUGAUUAUUUCAGAGAUAGGAGAGUUGGAGCUGAGGAGGUGGUGGACUGUGAUUCUAAGGAGAUCGAUCAUGGAAGAAGGUUUUGUGUGUUCUGUACUAUGUUAGAGUUUUCUCAUGGAAGAACACGGGUACAUCAUGUUAAAUGUGAUUGUCCCUUGGAAGGGGAGAAUUGAGUUUUUUUUGUGUGUGCUUGUGUGUAUCAGUGGUGCAUGAUGAUAGACUAUAUUGUUAUCAAAAUUUUUUUUUGGAAGUUUUAAUUACAAUAA